AUGCAAACAGCGAAUAUUGAAAAGGAGCCUGUGCCUGUUCAGAACGAAAAUGCCGUCGUGCAGCAGCCCUCUAUCGAUGCUGAACUGGAGAAGCGAGUCGUCAGAAAAACGGAUAUGAAUCUCGUCCCGUUAGUUAUGGCUCUAUACCUUCUUGCUUUCCUUGAUCGGUCAAAUGUUGGGAAUGCGCGUAUUGCCGGCAUGAGCAAUGAUCUCAAUCUUAUUGGAGAUCGUUACGAUUGGCUGCUCACAAUAUUUUAUAUUCCUUACAUCGUAUUUGAGUUCCUCGGUAUUAUGUGGAAGGUCGUGCCACCACACAUCUGGGCAACAAUCGUCGUCUUCAUCUGGGGACUGGUAUCAACGCUCCAAGCAGUCACCCAUUCUUGGGGAGCCGAAAUGGCCCUUAGAUUCCUCAUGGGAGCCGCCGAAGCGGGCUACGGACCUGGAAUUCCAUUCCUACUCUCUUUUUUCUAUCUCCGGCACGAAGUAGGGUUCCGUUGUGGAGUCUUUUUGUCUGCUGCUCCGCUAGCGAACACGUUUGCAGGAGCCCUUGCAUAUGGUAUCACAUCAGGUCAUCCAUCCAUUGCGAAGUGGAGAGUAUUGUUUCUCGUGGAAGGAUUGCCUACGAUUGUUAUGGCGGCUGUUGCCUAUUUCUAUCUCCCAGACUCUCCCGAAAAGGCCAAGUUCUUCGAUGAAGACGAGAGAAGAGUAGCCAUUGCAAGAAGUGUCCGCCAAGCAGGUUCCUCCACUAGAGUUGGCAACGUUGACUGGGUGGAUUUUUGGAGAGGCCUAACCGACAUCAAAGCUUGGUUCACAGGCCUCAUGUAUUUCAGCUGCAAUGUCAGCUUCGCUUCCCUCCCAGUUUUUCUGCCCACGAUUCUUUCAGAGAUGGGAUUUUCUAAUGUAACAGCUCAAGGCUUGACCGCCCCUCCAUUCUUCCUAUCUUUUCUCAUUACUCUGAUCACGCCUUACAUUGCAGAUCGAACUCAGCAACGUGCUUUCAUGCUCAUUAUUCUAACCAUCAUCGGCGGUGUGGGCUAUGUUAUCCUAGCAUCUGCCAAGUCUGUUGGAGCCCGCUAUUUUGGUGUUUUCAUGGCAGCGGGAGGAAUUUUCCCUUCUAUUGCCAAUAUUCUGCCUUGGGUACUGAAUAACCAAGGAAGCGAUACUCGCCGAGGAGCUGGAAUUGUCCUCCUUAACGUCAUCGGACAAUGUGGCCCUUUGUUGGGCACCCGACUAUAUCCCUCAAAGGAAGGUCCCUUCUAUGUAAAGGGUCAGUCGGUUUGCGCGGCUUUUAUGUUCUUUACCACGCUACUGGUGAUUGGUUUGCGGAUCCUGCUGGCUUGGGAAAAUAAGAAGUUGGAUGAAAAAUACGGGACUGUUGAGGAACAGAAGGCGAGGCUCGCCGAGGGGCAGGAGCGAGGCGAAGAAACCAUCCAGGCUGUGGCGGUAGAGAAUUAUGGGCCAAUGUUUAGAUAUGUGCUCUAG